AUGUCUAUUAGGCUCCUGGCCAUUUUCUGCCUUUCUGUGUGGUUCCUGUCGGGAGCAUUAUCUACCAGGAGUGGAGUUAAUCCACACGGAUGUCAGGUAUGGAGUCUAACGGAGGUAACAUGCACGCACGCGUUCCUCCACACAUAUGUCCCACCAGACCUGCCUGCGUCCAUUCUGCGACUGGAUCUACAGGGAAACGACAUAACGCAACUCCUCGUACAGCCUCUAGAUGCUCUAAAGAACUUGCAGUACUUGGAUUUGAGUUGGAACCGAAUAGAGUAUAUAGAAAACGGAACAUUUGCCUCCAUGACAAAUUUGCGGACUCUGAACUUAUCAAGAAAUGGUUUAGGAGACUCUCAGUGGUCCAACAUAACCUCGUCUCUUCCCUCCCUACAAACUCUCAUCCUUUGGGCCAACCGUCUGCAUCACAUAAACAGGUGGUCAUUCAGGGGACUACAAAAUCUGACUUUCUUGGACCUUGGCUCAAAUGUCAUCAAUGUUGGAGAGUGUGCGUUUUGUGGACUACAAAAACUACAAAGACUCGAAAUAUACGGUAACGACUUAAUUACCCUUCCCAGUCGACUUUUUCAUCCUGAGUCAGAACUACAGGCGCUGGACCUGUCGAACAAUUUGCUUUCUGAUGAUGUUUUAGAGAAGGAGGAACUCUGGUCAGGAUUAGUAAAACUACAAGUAUUGUAUGUACCAGGAAACUACUUCUCCAUUCCAAAAUUUGCACAGUCCUUUAGGAACCUAACAUCCCUUAACACCAUUAACAUGUCCGGUAACAAAAUACAACAGUUCCGCUUUCAAAACGUAGUUCCCUUGUUGAACGCACCAAUCCAUGUUUUGAUUUUUAGUUACAAUCCGAUUUCCAUAUUUGAAGAAGGCAUUCUGUUUCGGCUCCGAUAUUUGAACACAUUAUACCUCUACGAUACGUCUAUUCCGUCUUCACAAUUGCAAAAGAUACUACCAGAAUUGCAACAUACAAAGAUACAAAAGCUAGAAUUGGGACCAGCUCCAGGCAACUUUGCCAUAGAUAAUACAACUUUUGGACGACUGCCAGCUUUAGAGGAACUGAGUAUUUACGGCUCGUACCUGGAGGAGAAUAACGUUACUAUCAGUGAUGAAAAUGCAUUCAUAGGAUUAGAGAGAUUAGCAAAAUUACAGCUGCAACGAAACAGUAUCCAGACUUUACCAGACAAUGUUUUUGAGCCCCUGGUUGCUCUUACUUAUCUGGAUUUGGGCUCAAAUAAUUUGAACAUCAUUUUACCCACACUUUUCAAAGGGCUCUUAAAUCUUCAGUGGCUAGAUCUAUCUAGUAAUAGCAUUACUCAAAUUAAUAAUACGACAUUCAUAGGGCUAAAUUUUCUGACCCACCUUGAUCUAUCCGACAAUUGGCUAACCACAGCUACCCUGAAUAUCGUAGGACAGAGUGUCAAGUCUAUUGAUUUGAAGGCAAAUAACAUCGGAGCUCUAAAAGCAAAUCAAUUCUCAGGUCUUCCGAAUUUAGUCUCGUUGUGCCUACAAAGUAACAGGAUUAUAACCAUUGAACCUCGUGCAUUCCAAGGUCUAGGAAAAUUAGAGGAACUUGAUCUGAGUUUCAACAAAAUUGCCACUAUCACGAGUAGGAUGUUUGAAGGCCUUGAAAAUGUUACAAACUUAAAUCUUGAUCUAAACCAUGUACUGGAAGAAAUCGAACCGCAUGGUUUUUAUGGUUUAUGGCGUUUGAAAAGUCUUAAAAUUGUAAAGAAUUUGAAAAGAAUUUCGUCGUAUGCUUUCUCUGGUUUGGAUAGUUUAACAUUCUUAGACCUCAGUUAUAAUGAGAUUGCCCAAGUGAGAAGGCAUGCAUUUGACGGUUUACCUAAAUUGGACAUAUUUCUUUUGGUUAAGAACAAAAUCGCCGUCUUCGAAGAAGAGACAUUUGGGCAUGUCGUUCGGCAAGCUUCUCAAAUUCAGUUUGAACAGAACCCGUUCUACUGUGAUUGUAAGCUUCUCUGGUUUGUGGAGUGGGCGAGGAAUAACCCCGAUAUAGUAUAUUCCAAUAAUCGCGAUUUGUACAAGUGUACUGGACCCCCAGAAUACGCGGAUACGAUAUUAGCAAACUUUUACAUCAACUGCACGUCACCUAUAGACAACGAAUUUCAGCCUAACCUGCCACUAGCCUGUGCAUUAUCCUCUUCAGCCAUUCUGUUCUACAUGUUUGCAGUGUUUAUUAGCUAUUACCAUUGGAAGAUUAAGUACCUAAUGUUCUUGCUAAGACGUAGAAAUGAGGACGAUGAAGAACCAAUGAGAGGCCGGAGGUUUGUGUACGAUGCCUUCGUAGCACAUAACAGCGAGGACAUUAGGUGGGUGGUGCACGAACUCUGCCACAACUUAGAAGAUGUCCAAGACCAACCCAGAUACAAACUCUGUAUCCACCAGAGAAACUUCCUACCCGGUGCCCCCAUUGUAAACAACAUCGUCAAAGCAAUCGAAACCAGCCGGAAAACCAUCUGCGUGUUGACCAGGAGCUUCCUGCGGAGCGGCUGGUGUGAGUUCGAGCUGCAGCUGGCUCAGACUCCGGACAACUUGUUUGGCAAGGGCGGCAGUUGUCGGCUGAUCCUUGUCUUCUUGGAGAAGAUUCCGCGACCGCUGCUGAAGAAGUACAAACACUUGGAGGCCGUGAUGGACCGGGACACGUACCUGGAGUGGCCGGGGGACGCACGGGGCAGGCCGCUGUUCUGGAGACGUCUGCGAGCCGCCUUGGGGAAACCCGUGAACAAUGAACAGGCUGGAGACCGUGGCAUGAGAGACGACGAAAACCACGAACUCGUGCCGUUGUUAAGGGUGUAA